AUCCUUCCGAGGAAAACAAUAUCACUGUCUCUUCUUUGUUCAAACUUCAAAACCCUUCUACUCUCCUUCCCUUAACGGGACGAUGACCGACCGUGACCGAACUCGAUACCGUGACCGUGAAAUUGACCGGGAUCGUGACCGUGACCGGGAGAGAGAGCGAGAGAGGGACAAGGAUAGAGACAGAGAUCGGAAACGUGACCGGGAUGACCGUGACCGGAGAGACCGUGAACGUUCUUACACCCCUGACCAUAUAAAAACCAGUCGACACACUCGCUCCCGAACUCGUUCCCCUUCCACUGACCGUCACCGCCACCGCCACCGUUCUACUUCCCGCUCCCGUUCUCCCACUGACCGCCGCAACCGCCACCGUCACCACCGUCCCUCAGUGGAAAGUCCUCCUAGAAAGAGACGAAAAGACGAUGGCGAUAGAGAUAAGGAUAGGGAUAGGGAUACGCGGAGAGAGGUUGAGGAUUUUGUGGACGGGAUAGCGAAAGAACAGAAGAAGCAGAAGAAGAAGGAGGAGGGGGGGAGUGGCGAUGAAGAGAUGAUGGAUGAGGAAGAGAUUGAGAUGAUGAAGAAAUUGGGUAUACCGGUAGGGUUUGAUUCGACAAAGGGGAAGCCAGUGGCAGGGAAUGAUGUGGGUGCUGUAAGGAAAGUCACUAAACGGCAGCCUCGACAGUACA